AUGGAGCGAAUCGCAACGUCAAGAGUUUGGCCGGUCGCCUCGGCCGUCAUCCUUCAGGAAGAGGGCUUGAUCCACAUCGAGCUGGCAGUAGUUGAUGGUCCCCUCGAGAUCGUCUUCGAGGAUGUGACAGUGGAAGAUGACGUCGAGAUCAAGAGGACCUUCAGGAGCAGUCAUCCCAAGAAGACCCCCCCAUCUUCGCCGGACUGCUCCUGUCUCCAGCAAGGUUUUAGAGGACGUCGAGAUCAAGAGGACCUUCAGGAGCAGUCAUCCCAAGAGGACCCCCCAUCUUCGCCGGACUGCUCCUUUCUCCAGCAAGUUUGUGUUCAUGUUCUUUCCCGAGAAGACGUCGAGAUCAAGAGGACCUUCAGGAGCAGUCAUCCCAAGAGGACCCCCCAUCUUCGCCGGACUCCUCCUGUCUCCAGCAAGUUCACCCUCUCUCUCUCUUCUACCCUUUUUCUCAUGUUCCCUCAAUUCCCUCUCACCUCCCAUAACCCUCCUUCCUUUUGGGGCCUUAAUUAA